UGAAGAUUCUACGUUAAAGUUGUGUCAGAGGUGGAGGCGAUAGGAUAGCGAUUUUAUAGGAAAGUGAUUGUGAAGAAAAAUUUGUGAGUGCCGAAAAUCCAUCAUUGUGUUGUGAGACGCACGUUCUCAGCACCAAGGAUGAAGUGUCUUGUGAUCUUUGCCAUGUUCGCCACCCUGGCGUGGAGCGAAACAAUUAUGCUCCUUGACCUCAGUCCAGAGGAGGCCCAGAAGUACAUUGGGGCACAAACGCUGGACCUGAAGUACGCCAAGAAAUUGGGUGAGGAACGCCUUUCAUCCCUGAGGAGUCUCUCAGGUGAACCACGUGAAUUCUACCACAAUGGGCGCAUCAUCGACAAUCCCGAAGACUACGUUCAGGAGGAAUUUGAGGCUUCUCAAUUCCACGGACAAGAUGGUCUCGGACGUGCCAUGUUCGGGUACACCGAUUGGAAUCAAGCACGUCUUGAGGCGCGAAAUGCCAACGGUGAAGUACGGGGCUCAUACCAAUUUGUCGAUCCUAAUGGUGAUGAUAUUCAGGUGAAUUAUUGGGCGGACAGCUUGGGCUUCCAUCAGACGGAUAAUCGACCAAAAGUGGUGCUUGAACCAGUCACUGACACACCUGAGGUACAGGCAGCCAGACUGGCACACGAGAAAGCAUGGGCGGAGGCUGCACGCGCCGCUAAGGCUAACCCUGACCCCAACAGCGAUCUGUACAAUUUAAACGCAAAUCGAUUGUAUGAGGAUCAGGCACGUCAGGAGCAAGCACAGCAACUCCUUUCGGUGGCUAAUCAAGCACAAAGCCUAACCCGCUACCCCAAUCUCCCCUACACCAUUACCCCAGACAAGUCGGCAUCUUCUUCCCAGGACUCCGUUGUAGUUGAGGUCCCACAGGAGACACGAACGCAAUAUCAGGUGCAGAAAUCCAAUUUGCGCCAACAGGAAGAAGAAGAGGAAGUCACAAGUGAACCUCGUGGCUUCUUCUACAGCUUCGACUACCCCGUGUACCUCAUCCGCUCCCUCGAUGAAACGCGCAAAGUGAAGAGACAGAAUUCAGGUAAUGGAAAUGGUAACAGAAAUAGAUAUGAGAGAGAACGUACUCAUACUCGCAUCGUGAUUCACGCUAAAAUCACAAAAUUCUCAAAUCGUAGAAGUCGAUCACGACGCGAGACACUUUUCGAUACUUACAUAGUUUCUACCAAUGGCAUGUCUUUUCCUAUCAACUUACCCGCCUCUGACACUUCCUAUGCUACUAACUCUAACUACGAAACCCAAUAUGAUAGAACCAAACGAGCAGAACGUAUUUGGAAUACAAUUAGAGAUAUUUUAAAUUCAACUGGUGAUUUACCACGUAGUAGAUCCAAGCGCCAGGCUCCUUCCCUAGAUACGUUGAAAAAUGCAACAAAUACGAGUCUUCCAGCAACGCCAUCACCUCCAGCAGAUACUGGAAAUAGCACAACAACUAAAACGAAACGUCAGUCAAAUCCUAUGGAUAUGUUUUCAAACAUGAUGAACAGCACGGGGCAGAUGCCUUCAGCAUCUAGCAUUCCAGGCAUGUCUAAUAUUCCAGGAAUGAGUAGUUUACCUAAAAUGAAGAGGCAAACUAAUCCAAUGGAUAUGUUUUCAAAUAUGUUAAAUAGUACUGGACAGAUGCCUUCGACUUCCAGUAUUCCAGGAAUGAGCAGCCUUCCAAAGAUGAAGAGACAAACUAACCCAAUGGAUACUCUAACUAAUGCAAUGAAUAGCACUGGACAACUUCCAUCAGCUUCCAGUAUUCCAGGUAUGUCGAGUAUUCCAGGAAUGAGCUCACUACCAAAGAUGAAGAGGCAAACAAAUCCCAUGGACACCUUUAUGAACGCCAUGAAUAGCACUGGAAAGCUUCCAUCGACUUCCAGUAUUCCAGGAAUGAGCAGCCUUCCAAAGAUGAAGAGACAAACAAAUCCAAUGGAUACUUUGACAAACGCCAUGAAUAGCACUGGUAAACUUCCUUCGGCUUCCAGUAUUCCAGGUAUGUCCAGUAUUCCAGGAAUGAGUAGUCUUCCAAAGAUGAAGAGGCAAACCAAUCCAAUGGAUAUGUUUUCAAACAUGAUGAACAGCACGGGGCAGAUGCCUUCAGCAUCUAGCAUUCCAGGCAUGUCUAAUAUUCCAGGCAUGAGCAGCCUUCCAAAGAUGAAGAGACAGACAAACCCUAUGGACACCUUUAUGAAUGCAAUGAACAGCACUGGAAAACUUCCCUCAACUUCCAGUAUUCCAGGAAUGAGUAGCCUUCCAAAGAUGAAGAGGCAAACCAAUCCAAUGGAUAUGUUUACGAAUAUGAUGAACAGCACGGGUCAGAUGCCCUCUGCAUCGAGUAUUCCAGGCAUGUCCAAUAUUCCAGGAAUGAGCAGUUUACCUAAAAUGAAGAGGCAAACUAAUCCAAUGGACAUGUUUUCAAAUAUGCUAAAUAGCACUGGUCAAAUGCCUUCAACUUCCAGUAUUCCAGGAAUGAGUAGCCUUCCAAAAAUGAAGAGGCAAACUAAUCCAAUGGAUACUCUAACAAAUGCAAUGAACACUACUGGUAAGCUUCCUUCAGCUUCCAGUAUUCCAGGCAUGUCCAGUAUUCCAGGAAUGAGCAGCCUUCCAAAGAUGAAGAGGCAAACAAACCCAAUGGAUACACUAACAAAUGCCAUGAAUAGCACAGGACAACUUCCUUCGGCUUCCAGCAUUCCGGGCAUGUCCAGUAUUCCAGGAAUGAGUUCUUUACCAAAGAUGAAACGCCAAGCACCAUCCUUUGAUGCUGUAAAGGAUGCAGCAAACAGUACAAAUAGUUCAACCACCACAUCAACAACACCAGCAACUACCACCACUUCAGCUCAACCAAAGACAAAACGCCAAACUAACCCUAUUGAUAUGGGAAAGAAUAUGUUAAAUAGCACUGGAAGUCUUCCAUCUAUGCCAACAAUGCCCAGCAUGUCGAGUAUUCCAGGAAUGAGUUCUUCUGGCAAAACGAAGCGACAAACAUCCAAUAGUGGCUCACGCAGCACUUCAACUACAAACACAUCUCGCUCCCAAAGUGGAACUGCUUUAGAUUAAGCUUCUUCUUCCUGAGCUUUCUAAUCCUUCUCCAAGCUUUUUUCUUCGAUGCUUUCUUAGCGCUUUUUUCCGAGUAUCAGUAGUUUGUUUUUUGGUUUAGUUUUUAUUAACAUGGUUGGAGAUAUUUUGCAGAAGCACCCGAAAAACCAGCUCAGGUGUCUGCGAGGGCAGCAGCUGAAGGUUCUGUACCUAUUGAUGCUGUACACGACACACAGGUACACCCAAAACAGAAAGAUAGCGUUCCAAACAGCCAAAUCUUGCCAGUUUUAGUUCAUAAUAAGUGAAAUCAUCGCACGGAAUCACAAAAUUAAAACGAAAAAAAGAGAAAUACAAUAAUGAUAAAUUAAGAGAAAAUAUGUAUUCAAAAUCAUUUUGUACAACAAUAAAAAAAAGGCUGUUACAGAA